CUGGAAGAAGCCCCACCCUCUCUGGGACCUUGUAAGUAAAUCCUCCCCCCGGUGCUCCGCUGCGCAAUCUCAACCUCCUUCUCCAGGCAGUGGAACCCGCAGACCGCUGAGCGUCAGGAUGGUUCGUGCUAAGAGUUGGACCUUGAAGAAGCACUUUGAAGGCCACCCCACAGGCAGUAACUUUGAGAUGAAGACUGUUGAACUCCCGCCCUUAAAAAAUGGAGAGGUCCUGCUGGAAGCUCUGUUCCUCACUGUGGAUCCUUACAUGAGAUUGGCGGCCAAAAGAUUGAAGGAGGGUGACACCAUGAUGGGGGAGCAAGUGGCCAGAGUUGUGGAAAGUAAAAACUCAGCCUUCCCCACAGGAGCUAUUGUUUCAGCUCAUUCGGGCUGGACAACACACUCUAUUUCUGACGGCAAACAACUGGAGACGCUGCCUGAGGAGUGGCCAGACACGUUACCUCUGUCUUUGAGGCUGGGGACAGUCGGCAUGACAGGCCUAACUGCCUACUUUGGCCUGCUCGACAUCUGCGGGGCGAAGAGUGGAGACACAGUUCUGGUGAAUGCAGCCGCAGGGGCCGUGGGCUCUGUUGUGGGGCAGAUUGCUAAGCUCAAGGGCUGCAAAGUUGUUGGAGCGGCAGGGUCUGAUGAUAAGGUUGCCUACCUUAAAAAGCUUGGAUUUGACGUUGCCUUUAACUAUAAGACGAUAGAGUCUCUGGAAGAAACUUUGAAAAAAGCUUCUCCUGAUGGUUAUGAUUGUUAUUUUGAUAAUGUAGGUGGAGAAUUUUCAAACGUCGUUAUCCCCCAGAUGAAGAAGUUUGGAAGAAUUGCCAUAUGUGGGGCCAUCUCUACAUAUAACCUCACUCGUCCACCUCCCCCAGGCCCGCCCCCAGAGGUUAUUAUCUACCAGCAGCUCCGCAUGGAAGGGUUCAUCGUCAGCCGCUGGCAAGGGGAGGUCCGCCAGAAGGCUCUGAAAGACUUGCUGAAGUGGGUCACUGAGGGUAAAAUCCAGUACAAUGAACACGUCACGGAAGGGUUUGAGAACAUGCCAGCUGCAUUUAUGGGAAUGCUGAAAGGAGAUAAUUUGGGGAAAACGAUAGUGAAAGCAUGAACAAAAAAUAACACAUAGGAAUCAUUUGGAUGAUUACUUAAUUUCUUUUGAACCAUUUAGUAAAAAUGUAUACUACCUUCAUUUUAUAAAAAUAGGGGUUGUAAUGAGUUUGAACCACCCAAUAAAAUACAUUUCAAUAAUA